UUCGAUACCCAGGAAAGGGCUUGCCCGUUGGGCACCGGUCAACGAAGACCCUCGCGUUCUCCUCGAAGCCAGAGGAGCCGCAGCGCGGACGUGGACUGUUUAAAAAAGUACACCGAGAGGCGAGUAGAAGAGAGAAGACACACGGAAAUACCAGACACGAGCAAGCUCGAUCCCACACGAUGGAUACCACUGCCGAAAAACAUAACGCGGGUUCAACCGGCGUCGAAAAAGUCGCCGCAAACGUCCAAGGACGAAGAGAAGAGACGUUCGCUUUCGGACGAGCCCGAGGAGAAAACGAGUACGCCGAAGAAAUUGCCGGCGACGAAAGAGGAAGACGGGGCCAAGGACCAGGACGGGAAGAACGAAACGCCGUCACCGGCGACGUACAGGCAAGCGGCCGGUAGGAGUCACAGCGCGGACGUCGGCCGCGCGAAGAAAGAGAAACUGACCGAGGAACGAAGGAACACGGAGUGCAGCGACUCGAGAGCGAUCGCGACGAGGUGGCUACCGCAAAUUGACACCUCAAAGUUCCGGUACGACGCAUCGUCGUCGCCGUUCGCAAGGAGCUGCGAGAUUACGAAAAGCGCAGCGAGCCGGUGGAUGACGUUCGUCAAGAAUUCGUCGUCGCGAAUCGACUUGGAACGAAAGCCGUCCGCGACGGAAACGUCACCGAGCCAUGGAUCGCCCCUAAGACAGGCUAAGAAAGAGUCGCCCAGGUGGGAACCCAUAAGGAAAUUCGCCCCAAGGGCCAGCGCUGAAUCCAGCCCCAAACGAGAUGAAUUGGAGCCAAACAAAGAAACACCGACGAGGCGUUCGCCGGAUGCCGAGCAGUCGAAACGACUGACGCAGAAAAUGCGAGAUUUAUACGAUUUCAAGACGGAGAACGAGUGGCCGAAGAGGGCGGUCAACGCUAGACGUGGAAACGCGUGGAUCAGUAAAAGCGGUAGCGAGGAGGACAGGGACCAUCGGCCGGCUCGGAGGAACAGUCAAGAUUUAGAGUUCAACGACAGAGCAAAGCUGAUCAAGCUGAUGGACACGAAAGUAAAGUCGAACCAAGAGAAACGCGUACCAAAGGAAGAGCAUUAUACGACUGGUACAGACACCUUCAACAACGAGUACGAGGAGCGUUUGAGGAAGUUCAACGAUCGCCUGCGGUACAGCGAGGAUCUCGGCAGGACGAAACCAAAACUGAAAGAGCGACGCACGUACUCGGACGAUUACGACCAGAAACGACGAGCCUCGACGCGUUCGGCUCGCGCCGAGAGUUCUUUGAAGCAAGAAGCUUCCGUUCGUUCCACUCGGUCUGCACGUUCGGAAAGUUUAAAGUCGCAGGAUACCAGUCGUUCUCCAGUAGAAAAGAAGAGGAUGCCAGAAGUUGAUAUCAAAUCGAAGGCAGUUCAUGGCGAGGCCUCUGUGACGAAAGAUUCACGUAGCAAAAUUGUGACGAUCGCGAAAAGAGAUUCGAGUAGCAGUGAUGCGCCGGUGAAAGGCACGGGGAAACGGGCGAGUAUGGACGUUAAGGGUACCGGGAAGAUGGUACAAGUUCCACCGCGAAGAGCUUUCAGUCAAACGGAAGAGCGACCGUCGACGCCUGUUCCACCCGUGGAAUGGAACGACGAUCGGUACGCGGCUGCUCGUUUGAAAGAGAUCGCCGAGAAGAGAGAGGAAAGGGACAGCACCAGAUACAAAGUGUAUUUGACAUAAACGGUGACUCAGUGAAAGUAAUAGAGUUUUGAAUGGAACCGAAGAAUGAAGAAAGAGAGAUCGUCAAAGGUGAGUGUGUCCGUUUUAUUUGGUUCGGUUCGUGGUAAGGCAAUUAUCCUAAUUAAGUGUUACACGUUAGUAGUUCUUCAGAGUUCACCAUCCGUUUUAACGUUGGACUUUAUGCUUGUGACGUUUCUAUGUUCCAUGCGCAAAUCACAGUGUUAUGCAAUCGCGAGAAGAGUAAUUAAAAGCUCCAUGGGGUUUAAUCCAAUCUGAACCGCAAACUAUUACAUAAUAUUGAAUAUUGAUUUUUUUAAUAAUCGGUGUAAUCAUGUCGAACGUGCAACUAGAAAUUGUGACUUGAGAGCGUCACCAAAUGUUCAAACGAUGUACCAUGGAUUGACUAAUAAAAUAUUCUUUGAGAAA